AUGGAAUACCAUGAUAAGAGCUUACUGGCAGCUUGUGUGAUGGUUUUAGGAGAUGAGAAAGGAUCUACAAUGGAAGCAACUUUGCCGCGUGAUGUUGUUCUUCCAAAAGGAAUCGAUCUCAAAGAAGCUGAUUGGUUUGAGAUAUAUAAUUUCAAAUUAAUUAGAGUCAUCGAGUUGGUAAGACCAACAAGGAGCAAAUACAGUAUUAAGUUCACUCAGGCAACAUCUUUCAGAAAGAUUCAACCCAUCGUUGAUUCUAAUUUUCUGCGGCUUGCGAACUUUACAGCAGUUUUCAAAGGACACUCGCAUCCAAUGUACUGUAUUGAUCUUCGUGGAGCUAUGGUUGCUGUGGGGGAGUUGCAACAACUUCAGGAACUAGGACCUGGCGAGAUAUAUUCUUAUCAGAAUACAAGGAUGGAGUUCACUUUGGUUAAUACAGAGUUCGAACCUCUCAUUUUUACUCUUCUUUUAGUUUAGGACCUCAUCUUAGUUUUUUCGUAUACAACAACAUGCUACCUAAACAAUGCAUUUCAAGUUAAGAAACUUAAGAUGUGUUGCAUAUGGCAAGGAAGCAGUGACUUUGAGUGAGUACUACCAUAACUCACGUGCUCCAGUGGAUGUGUGUGUUUUGAGGGCCUGGAGAAUCCAUUGGGGAGAAGGUGGUUUCCGAUAUGUAACCAACCUCGAAGGCUGUUCUCAAGUCGUAUGUGAUCAUGACAUGGAUGAAAUACAAAACUUCAAAUCGAAGUAAGUGUUCUA